GAGAUUUCAGAUUUCAUUAACAUUAUUUUCUUCUUCUUCUUUUCUACAGGUGAUUCCCAUGCCUAAUUCUGAAGCAGUGCUGCUGCAGCAGCUAUUCAAUUAUGCAAAUCAGACUUCAAAAUCAAUGGUAUGUAUAUGCUGAAUCAUUUAUAUUUUUCUAUUUUUUGUUUUGAAUUCAAUUUGAAUAGAAUUAUUUUCUUAAUGAUGAAGAACUAUGGUGUUACCGACGAUACAUUAGGGUAUCUCAAUGCAGUAAAAGUUGCAUUUCAAAACAACAUGGAAAAAUAUGAUCAAUUUUUACAAGUCCUGAGAGAUUUCAUUGCUAACAGAAUUUAUAUAAGUGAUGUCAAAGCAAAAUUCAAGACCUUGUUUAAAGGACAUAGAUAUUUAAUUUUUAAAUUCAACUCUUUCGUGCCGAUGAACCAUCGAAUCGCACUAUUUUCACCGGAGGAUGCAUUAGGUUUUGUCCAGGCAGUGCACCAAGCGACUCAAUAUAAGGGAGAAAGUAAAUUUAAUGAAUUUUUAAAAGUUUUGAAGGAUUACAAGGAUCAAACUAUUGAUAUAAGUUCUUUCACUUCAAGAGUAAAGGUGGUUCUCAAAACUCAUCCCGAUUUAAUUUUGGAAUUCAACUCUAUCAUGCCAAAAGAACAUCAAAUCACACUUUCAUCCGAGGAAGAAUCUUUUCUCCGGGCACUAAAACUUAUGGUUCAAUAUAAGAGAGAAAGUAAUUUUCAGUAUUAUGGAAAAGUUUUGGAGAAUUUCAAGGGUCUAACUAUUGAUAUAAGUUGUCUCACUGCAAGAUUGGAGGUGCUUAUCAAAAAUCAUCCCGAAUUAAUUUUAGAAUUCAAAAUCUUCAUGCCAUCCGGAGGGAAAAAAUUAAAAGAUGAUGGUCAUCUUGGUCAUUUUCUUCCUUGGGAUGUGCUUGAUAUCAUUUGCAAAAAACUAGAUUUUGACGACCUCUUUUCGUUUUCUGGUGUUUGCAAGAGUUGGAGGACUUUUCAUAAAUCAAAUUUCUUGUCAUCCCAAGAACCGUUGCUUGUUCAUAUUACUGGUAAUUGUACUCACUCAUAUUCCUUUAUUAGCAUACCCAAUCAAAAAGUUUAUGAUUUGACGAUGAUGAGUAGCUUCCAGCCCCCUGACUGUGUCUAUGUUAGAGUUUCCAGCGGAUAUUUCAUCUUGGCACAUAAAAAUAAUUCAUUUCUGCUAUUAAAUCAAUUUACACUAGAAAAAAGGGUAAUCAAUGCCAACUUUACAGUUGAAUCUCAGUUUUCUGAUCGGUACGAAGCCUUGCUUGCUUUUGAGAAAUGUUCUGAGGAAUAUGUCUUGGUUGUUUUAUGCAAAUAUUCUAGCCAUUUGUAUGUCUAUCAAUCUCGAUACCAUGGUUGGUUUACUUAUUCAACAUUAAAACCUAAGGAAUUGGUAGUCGACUUUGUGGUUUUGAAUAAUAUAAUAUAUGUCGUCACUGACAAAGCCAACAUAGGGGUACUAAACUUGAAUUCCAAGAAUAUUCAAUUUCUAAACCUCAAGAAUACUCCCUCAAAAAUUCCCUCCAAACUUCCCUCAGAUUCCUUUAAAUUGGUUAAUUGUGAUGAGCAACUUUUUGUGUUUCAUUCAAUAUCCAUCAAUUAUAAGAGGGAAGUUUACAAGAUAGACUUGUCAACUAUGAAUUAUGUUAAGAUGAAAACUUUGGGUGACAUUGCAUUAUUUUAUGUUUCUGGGAGAAACUGUCGGGCAUUGAGCAACCCGAAGAGAUUUGGGUACGAGAGCAACCAUGUGUAUGAAGUUAGUAGUCUAUCUCAAUGUACUAAGUAUGAUUGGAAUGCUGGUCGUCCAUCAAAAAUAUGGAGUGCUGGUUGUACAUCAAAAAUAUACCCAUAUCUUCGUUCUCUUAAAGACUUCAAUCUCUUUGAUUGGUGUUUUAGACAUGUAAAAUACGAAGUAGAUUAUUCUUUAGUUGAAUAAUUGUUACAUGGUGUUACGAGUAUUUUUAUGUUUUUCUUCUUUUCUUUUUGGCUUACCUUUAGUUGAAAAAACUUUAAUUUCUUAAUGAUAAGCAACUGUUUGUGUUCA